GCCGCCACUCUAGGCCGCAGCAUUUCUUCUUUGUCUCCUUCUGAGCUGGAAGAUCUUGAUUGGAGUCUUUUAGAUGCUGCGAGGGCUUUGAACCCCGAGGUCUCCACCGUGGCAAAGUAUUUGCUGCAGGUCCCCUCGAAGCGCUUCAGGCCUUUGCUGCUGCUGCUGCUGCACCGCGCGCUGCAGCACUGCGUUCCUGCACAAGACAGAGAAAAGAGCAGCAGCAAAGAAGUGCUGCCACUUAUUAUGGUCCCCGUCGUAGAGCUCAUACACACAGCAACACUGAUGCACGACGACGUGCUGGACGAGGCCCCGACGCGGCGCGGGCGAACUUCGGCCCCUUUUGCCUUCGGCAGCAAAAAGGCCGUUUUGGGCGGAGACUUUCUUUUGGCCCGCGCGUGA